UCCAUCAUCCAAAGGCUAAGAAGAUAACAGCCACAAAUUCGGAAACUCCACACUCCACAGUGAACACAGCGGCUUUGCUGCCCUCACUUCGCGCCUUUUCUUCAAUCUUCAUCCAUUCCCCCAAUCUCUGCAAACCCUAAAUCAGUUCUCUCCAUUCCUCCAAUUUCUCACUCACUCUCCAUAAUUCGCCUCUGAAAAUGCAGCGUCUUUCGUUCUCCAAUGCCUUAACAUCUCCGACCCCUCUCUUCCUCCACACAGAGCUCUCCCAUCUCUCCCUCCAAUCCAUAACUCUAACCCCAAAACCCACAAUCAUCCGAAUGGGCGGCGGACCCAGAACUUUCCCUGGUGGCGUAUCCAAGUGGCAGUGGAAGCGCAUGCAGGCAAAGAAGGCCAAGCAGCUCCUCAAGGCUCGGCUCUGCCGUGAGCGCCAAAUCUACGAGAUGCGAAAGAGGGCCGAGCUCAAAGCCGCCGUGUCUGAGCUUGAGCGGCCAUGGGAGGUGGUCGAGAAAGCUCCAAACUUGUUCUCUGUCAGCGCCGACGAGCAAGUCAAGGUUUUGGCAGAUAGGUUCCAGAGGCCUGGUGGCUUCGAUAUGUGGACCGAGAGGGACGGCCCUCAGUUGUUUCACACCAUGGAUGAUUUGCCGUCUGCGAGGUUUUUCCCCAAAGGGGUUGUUCAUAGUGUGAGACCGUAUAAAAGAAUUUCUGGGCCUGAGGAUUUGGAGGAUUUGGAGCUUCAAGAUGAGGGCUUUGGUGGAGUUGAAGAAUUGGGUAAUGGGUUUAAGAGUAAAGGGAAGGUAGGAAGUUCAAGUGAGUCAUUGGAUAUAGAGGGUUCAGAUGGGGAGGGUUUGAAUCUGAAACGUUCCUUGGAAUCGUUUAGUAUGAAUGAUCAAACUGGGAAGAAGAAUAAUGGCAGAAUGAAGAAGAAGGGGAAUAGGAGAAAGUCUGAGUCUUCAAGUGGGUUUGAUAAUGCGCAAAUUGGUUGUGAUAGGAAACAAAGAGUACAGAGUCCCAUAAUGCGCGGAGGCAAAAGUCGACAUAAUAGAAGGAAUAGUUCAAAGUCUGAUGUUUUUGAUAUGAGCUUGCAGCAAGAUGGAAGUUAUGAACUUCAAGCGUAUAAUGGCCAGCCAUGAAUAUAAGCUCAAAGGUUGGACUGGAAAGAGCCAUUCACAAAGAAUCAAGGGAUUAUGAACUGGGCGAUCCUAAGAACUCGUUAAAUGGCAAUGAAUAAGCAGUUUUAGUAAUGCUUAGGUCGGAGCAAAUUGCCACAUUAUGCAGAGGAAGUCCUUCAUGUGUUUGUCUUCGUGUGUUUGAUGAAGGCUCAUGAUACAGGAAAUCAUUGUCACGCUCCCAAAAAUGUAUGUAUUACCUUUCGUAGUUAUCAUGUGCUGAAAUAGUUGAAAGAAAUGUAGUUCUCAUCAAAGUAUAUAUGACAUAUAGUAUCGACUAAUUGAUUAAAAUGUGCUAAUUGCUAUAUACAUUUGUCGAUUUUGUUGAUCGUUGGCGUCUAUAAUCUUAAUGAUACAAUGAGAAAUCAUGUGAUGUGCAA